GCAACCAAUGGAUGGGACCAAACGAAGGGCGCAGAACAGAAAUUGACUUUACCAUGCUUCGUGUUGCCGCUCUCCGCACCCUCGCCUCUACUCGCUCUGCCGUGGCUCGCCCCAUCGCCGCGCGUACCUUCACGUCGGAAGCCGCCGGCAUCUCGAAGGAUCCCGAUGUCGUGAUCCCUGAAUUGAGCGAAACGUUGGAAUGGACCUUGACGUCGCCUCCUCCUAUCCAUCAAUUUGAAGAAUCCCCCAUCAUCGUGGAAACGUGGGGCCCCACCGAUCCUUACCACCACUAAAUAUUCGAAUGACUGCUCCCGAUGGCAUGUGCCUGGAUGACCGACCAUACACGAUUAUCUUGUAACGCGUAGGUGAUUAGGACGGUGUCGUGUCGUGCUGUUGUAGAUAGAAGGUGGACGUUUGUGUGCUAAUACACUUGUGUAUCAUCGGAUA